AUGUGCGGCAACUCGGAAUGUGGCUAUCAGCAGAGCUGCACAACGCAAGCUUCCCAGACACUACAAGGACUCGCCAAAGUGACUGUCAAAGUCUCCCUAGAGCGCAAGAACACAGGUAACAAGAAGGGAUUCAAGGACUGCUGGGAUGCUACAGGAGACAUCAUCGUUCAGUGUGUUCGAGGAAGUCAGCAAAUGAGUGGAAUAUGGGAAGCCAAUGGUCAGCUAUACCAAAUGAACGGCUGGUACGCUUGA